AUACAUUCAUACCGUCUUUAAUGAUGCGGAAAAGUUAUCUUCUUUAUCCAGCCACCAGAGGGGAGGCGCGAAUUCACCACUUUGUUUACGUUUUCUUACGGAGUUUAUCGUUUCUGUGGAAUUUUCGUCAAAAACUCCUGUAAAAAUGGCGAGAAAUGCGGAAAAGGCGAUGACCACUUUGGCUCGCUGGAGGGCUGCCAAGGAGGCGGAGAGUGGCGACAAGGACAGGAGACCUUAUCUGGCGUCAGAGUGCACGGAUUUGUCCAAGUGCGAGAAGUGGCGGCUGGAGAUAAUCAGGGAGAUCUCGAAGAAAGUGGCGCAGAUUCAGAAUGCCGGUCUGGGCGAGUUCCGAAUACGAGAUCUCAAUGACGAGAUUAACAAGCUGCUGCGCGAGAAGCGCCACUGGGAGAAUCAGAUCUCGGCCCUCGGGGGGCCCCACUAUCGUCGCUAUGGGCCGAAGAUGUUCGACUCCGAGGGCAGGGAAGUGCCUGGCAACCGUGGAUACAAGUACUUCGGCGCAGCGAAGGAUCUGCCUGGUGUGCGUGAGUUGUUUGAGCAGGAACCGCCACCGCCGCCCAGGAAGACGCGCGCGGAGCUCAUGAGGGACAUCGAUGCGGAUUAUUAUGGCUACAGAGACGAUGAUGAUGGGAUUCUGCUGCCGCUGGAGGAGAAGGCAGAGAGAUUGGCUAUUCAGCAGGCAGUGACUGAGUGGAAGGAGCGGCAGGCGCGCGGAGAGACUGUCGUGGAGGACGAGGAGGACGACAUUUACCCUGCGGAAGCUGAUGCCGAUGAUGCCGCCAAGCAGGCCUCGAGUGAGGAUCCCAUGGGGCUCCUGGGCCCUCGCUUCACCGCCCACGUGCCGGUGCCCACGCAGAAGGACAUCGAGGCGGCGCUGCUGAGGAAGAAGAAGCAGGAGUUGCUGGAAAAGUACGGGAUUUGAAUGGGGGGUGAAAUAAAGACGCGAAG